GCCAUUGCGUGCACCACCGGGUUCACGUCGUGCCUAACCCUCCAUUACACAAUGGCGACAUGUAAAUCGGUGCUCCGGGCCUGUGCACCCACAUGGCAAGCGCCCUGCCUCCUCCCCCGCACGCAAUGCCGGUUUGAAUCGACGACACGACGACACCGGAAACUGCUCGCACUGCCCGAAGCACCGUCGUACACUGCCGACAGCUCAUCGCCGACCCUCGUCUUCAAUCCGCCAUCGUCAGCGCCAAACGUAUACCACACGCCGGUCAAGUUUCUGCCCAAGACGGACAAGAGACGGCAGCUGCACGCGGCAGCCCAACAACACGCAUACCAAGUCGCUCACGCACGGCAGACGUCGCCCGUCGCUGCGCCAGGCACACCUCUCCACACACACAGCCAUCUGCCGCCGCGGCCGACGGCAGCCCUGCCUCCGCCUGUGCGCCAGCCGUAUGAGAAAACGUACCAUCUCAGCGAGGCCGACGUUGCUGAGAUCCGGCGGCUCAGAAGCGAAGACCCGGACACGUGGACCCGAGUCAAACUCGCCGAGAAGUUUGGCUGCAGCCAGUUCUUCGUGGGCUUGAUUGCCAAGAACCCGGAAAAGGCGGAGAGGGUCGCGCGCGAGCAUGAAGAGAUGAGGCAGAAGUGGGGGCAGAGGCGGAGGGAGGCCAGGGAAGAUAGGGCGAGGAGGAAGGUGCUGUGGGGGAGGGAUGCAUAGUUUGCAUGGUUCUGGGUUGGUUGUUUGGGACGGGCCCAUGGUACGACUACCAGGUCGUGAUAUGAGGGCAAAAGACGGCGUGGCCAUCUUCUGCUCAGUGUGUGGAACUGAGUGGCUGAUGUGAGACGGUAGUCUGUCAACAUAUCCCGUGUUGCAUACGAAAUAUCAUGGUGGAAAUAUGCACAUUCAGACGGCUCGUGCCAUGACCAACUAGAGUUAUCAGUGAGUUGUGGGAAAGGCGUGAGGACAAGCAUGAGAGUGUGUUGGACGCGAUAUUCAUGCUGUACAAAGUACAUUCCCAU